AGCAAUUUUGUGUUUUAGGUUUACGCCAUUACCCGUAGUCAAGCCAGACUCCAUCGCAGAGACGGCAAUCUUCCUCGCUGCAGAUCUCCAAUCUUCUUCGCUGUGCUCCAAGUCUCCAACAUCCAACUCGCCAGUUCGCCACACCCGCAGUCCAACUCGCCACAAUCGGAAGUGAAUCAGAGUCAAUCGCAGUCCUACUCGCCAACUCGCCAGUUCGCCACAAUCCCUGGCGGGCAACUAGUCGCCACAAUCCUGAAUCAGACUCCUCAAUCGCUAGUUUCUUCUUCAGUCGCAGAAGACACGUGCAAGGUAAAUAAAUCAGAUGGCUGAGGAUGCUAUACUAGGUUUUCUGGAGAAAAAUGAAGAGAUAUUGGACUCUGGCAAGUUCUCUCAGGAAAAAGGAAUCAGUCAUGAUGAGAUAGUCAAUGCCAUCAGAAGCCUCAAUGGAUUUGGAUUCGUCAUUGCACAGGAUAUCAAGAGAGAGAAGUGGGUGCUUACUGAAGAGGGAAGAAUAUAUGCUGCUGCUGGGUCACCUGAAGUGCAACUUCUUUUGGCUAUACCCUUGGAGGGUAUAACACAAGAAGAGUUGCAGAAAAAAAUGGACCCUGCAACAUUUAAAGUCGGUUGGCCACAGGCGAUGAAGAACAAGUGGGUGGAAAAGGGAAAGACCCAUGUGUCAAGGAAGGUACAAAAUGUUACUGACACCGUCAAGGGUUUUCUUAUGCAAAUUCAGAAUGAUGAGACUCUAGAUUCAAAAGAUAUUGAUGCUCUUAAACGAAGAAAACUGAUUGUCUUACAGACUUGGAAAGGCUACUCGGCAAGGAAGGGUCCUAAAUAUGCUCCCAAAAGGAUAAAAGAAGCUACUGACCUCACUCGGGAGAACCUACAUAGUGGCGAUUGGAAGAACCUAAAGGAGUACAACUUCAGUGCGAAAGGCCAGCCAGUUGAAGGGGGCCAUCUUCAUCCAUUGCUGAAGGUGCGGCGCCAAAUUCAGAUGAUAUUUCUUCAGAUGGGGUUUGAGGAGAUGCAAACAAACAAUUAUGUUGAGAGUAGCUUUUGGAAUUUUGAUGCCCUUUUCCAACCGCAACAACACCCUGCUCGCGAUUCACACGACACUUUCUUUCUGAAAGUGCCUUCCACUACAAGGGAGCUCCCUGAAGAUUAUGUUGAACUAGUUAAGAAUGUUCAUGAAUCUGGUGGCUAUGGAUCUCGUGGAUAUGGAUAUGAAUGGAAAAGAGACGAAGCAAACAAGAAUCUAUUACGGACACAUACUACUGCUGUGUCAUCGAGAAUGCUGUAUAAGCUGGCACAGAACAAACCGUUUGCUCCCAAGAAAUACUAUUCUAUUGAUCGUGUAUUCAGAAAUGAAGCUGUUGACCGCACACAUCUUGCUGAGUUCCAUCAGAUAGAAGGUUUAGUAUGUGAUCGUGGUCUCAGUCUUGGUGACUUGCUCGGGGUUCUUAAUGAUUUCUUCUCCCGCCUAGGGAUGUCCAAGCUUCGGUUCAAACCUGCUUAUAAUCCAUAUACUGAACCCAGCAUGGAAAUAUUCAGUUACCAUGAAGGGUUCAAGAAAUGGGUGGAAGUUGGAAAUUCUGGCAUGUUUAGGCCUGAAAUGCUGCGUCCCAUGGGGCUUCCAGAUGAUGUCCGGGUUAUUGCUUGGGGCCUUUCCCUUGAAAGGCCAACCAUGAUACUUUAUGGCAUUGACAACAUUAGAGAACUCUUUGGCCAUAAGGUGGAUCUUAGUCUCAUCAAGAAAAAUCCAAUAUGCUGCCUCGGACUCGAGUAAAUGGCUCUCAUCUGUCUCACCACAGUUGAAUUUGUUCUCACUUUGUUUGAUGGAGUAGUAGAUUGAGAGAGUAGGAUAGAAUAUAAAUCUUCUCAUAUAUUUCAUAUAUUUAUUUCUAGAAUUUCUCUCAAAAAACCUAGUCCCAUUGCUGCUCAGUCCUUGCAGAUUGAUUUUGAUCAGUGACUUGCUUACAUUGGAUUUAACUAUUAUUUGAAUAUGAUCAUUUUUCUCAGUGAAUUUAAUUAAACUAUUUUGUCAUGU